GCAAGCUCCCAAAGUGAACACGUCUACAAUUAAAUAUGUAUUAUAAAUAUUAUUUCAUCUUAGUUCAGUAAUAGAGCUUACUGUUACUUAUCUAAUUAGUCCAAUUUUUUAACGAUCUGUAUUUUAUAAUUAAAAAUGGCAAGCCCUAGAACUAGACGAGUUCUUCAAGAAUUAAGACCUCAUGAUGAAAAUACAAAAUGUUUUGAAUGCCAAAUGCAUAAUCCUCAAUGGGUCUCCGUAACUUAUGGCAUUUGGAUUUGCCUGGAAUGUUCAGGAAAACACAGGAGUCUCGGAGUUCAUUUAUCAUUUGUACGAUCUGUCACAAUGGACAAGUGGAAAGAUAUAGAACUAGAGAAAAUGAAGGUGGGAGGCAAUAAAAAAGCAAGAGAAUUUUUUGAAUCCCAAGAUGAUUGGGAUGACUCUAUGACCAUCAAUCAGAAAUAUAACACUAAAGCUGCUGCCCUUUAUAAAGAUAAGAUAAAUUGUUUAGCUGAGGGUAAGGAUUGGGAUAUAUCUAAAUCAUCGGCUCAAAUAAAUAGAACACAGUCACAUGGCAGUCCCACUAGGAAAAGUAGAAGUGCAAAUUCAACAUUCCAAGGUGGAAAUAGUUAUCAAAACAUAAAUUCUCAAGAAUUUUUAGAACAAAAGCAAGCAUUUUUUGCAAAUAAGCAAGCAGAGAAUGCUCAAAGAUCAGCAGAUUUGCCACCCAACCAAGGUGGACGUUAUUCUGGUUUCGGAUAUACUGCAAAUCCGCCACCUAAAUCCCAAUCUAAUGAGCUUCUUGAUAAUACAAUUUCUUCACUAGCAUCUGGAUGGUCAUUAUUUUCUGUGAGUGCAUCCAAAUUAGCAAGCAAAGCGACAGAGAGUGCCAUUAAACUUGGAGGGAUUGCUACCCAAAAAGUUUCAGAUAUUUCAUCUGUUGUGGGAGAGAAGGUGACUGAUAUAACUAAGAAGAGUUGGAGCAAUUUAAAUGGAGACAACUUUUUAGGCAGUCAGUCCAGUUUAGCAGGUACAAGUAAUAGUCGAUCAGAUCCAUAUUCUAAUAAUUUUAAUACUGCUGCAGAAGGUGGAUAUCAAAGAUCAUGCUCCAAUUACACAAUUAGUAAAUCAGAACCUCAGGAUGAGUGGGGUUGGCAAGAAUCUAACAGAACUGCAUCUGUUCCUAAUGCAAAUUCAUGGAAAGACUGGGAGCAACAACCAGAAAGCAAGAAUAAUGACCAAGAUGAAAGAACUAAAUUUAAAAAUCAUUCUGCAAGUACACGACAAAAAGUAGAUCAAGCAUCUGAUGUUAAACUUGUCAAUUUGGAUGAAUUAGAUGUUCGUUCCAUCAAACCAAAAACCUAUCAAAAUGUAACAAAGCGUGAAGAUGAUGAAGCUUGGGAAUUACUGAAUAGUUGAAUAGAACUAUUAAAAUUAUAAUGAAAAAUCUUAUGGCAAAUGAUAUUU